AUGUUCCAUGGUUUCUUCGAUUUCGUGAAUGCCCCAAGUCCUAGGAACGCCUUCCAUGUGGAACUGGGAGAGGAAGUCCUCCGGCUAUUAAUAUCUCGCAUCCGGCUCUGGAAGAACAUCAACGGCUCGCCGAGUAAUAGACUGGACAGUUGGAAACGCCAUACUAACCAAGAGGUUGGCGGUGGCGGAUGGCAGUUGACUGGCCACAUCGGAUGGCGAUUGGGUGGCGGCAUUCUCUGCUCCCUCGGCGAUGCUUGGAGCGAUCUGCGGAGACGCCAGCACCAUGUUGGACGCCCUCACUCCUUCCUCUCCGCCAGCUGGCCUCUCAUCGGCAUUUAUCACAUCGACGACAUUAUCGAUCCCAGUAGAAGACAAUUGGGCCAGGUUUUGCGGGUCGAAAUCGAUGGAGCAUACGCUGCCUCCCUCUCUCUCCCGUGGGGUCUCCGCUGCAUUGUCCUGGUGUUGUUGAUCGGUCGGUGUCAUGGUCGUAGGGUUUUGGGGAUGGUCACUAAAGUAGGAAAUUUGUGAGUUAGCUGGCGACUGGUUCAUGGUGACAAUAUUAUGGAAUACUUCAAACCAGUUGCCAAGUGUACUACCAAAUUGCAGGAAUAUUAAAAUGGACGUACUGAUGGUGCCUAUUUUGGAUAAGAUUGUGUGGUGUUAAAAGUUUCAAGUGUCAUGUACAUGUAUUACGCAAAGACCUUCUUAGUGAUACAGGUAUGAAUGCCAACAUGGAUAAAUUAUAUUAAUAUAGUUCUUAAAAUUUUAGGUAGGGUCUUAUCUUCCUUGAAAUUAACAGUAACCUUAUAUUUAAAACAACCUAUAACCCUGGUCAGCAUACAAUAUUUAGAUUCAAAGACCAAGAUCAAAAUUUUGCUAUAGAAUUUUAUGGAGAUUUCCAUCCAAUUUUUACUCUAUUAUUGAGAAUGAUGUUAUCAAACUCGUGUGAUACAGUUUGUCUGUAUUUAUGCUGCUUGAAAAUUUCAACUUGAAGAGCAACUCAAUUAUUUUAGCCAGAAACUUACAAUAGAUCAUCAGAUAUAUCUUGU